AGUCAGACCGAUAAACACCGCGCAGUGAGUGUGUGUACGAUACAUCUCGCUAACUUAGUGGAUACGCAACAGAUGUUGGUUACUUGUAUCACACUUCUGUGAUUCUUUUACUUCAAGUCUCGGACUAAAUAUUCGUGAUGAUUAUGGACGGUUUGGAGUCCCUAACUCAUGUUGGACUUGGUGCUGAGUUGGGUUUACAAAGUUUGUGUUACGACACACCAACCCCAGGAGCUCAUAUUAGACAUACUUCGGAAGCCUUAGACGAAGGAUUAAACACCCCUGUUACACUAUGUUCAGAUUCAACUUUCUUUGGACCUGAUUCAUUGGAACCUCCACCAAUUACAGCAACUGCAAACAUCUUUGCCUCUAUCAACAUCCCAGAGAAGUCCACUGAUGCUUCCCAGGCCACCAAGGUGUCUGGCCUCCAGGCCAAUGCUGGAGGAACCACACACACAAUCACCUACAAAGGGACACUGGUCACCACAGCUGUCACUCCCAGCUCCACGCAGCAGGACUCGACUCCCCCAAACUUUGCCUCGCUGUUCACACCCUUAUCUCCCCUGUUCAGCGCCAUUUUGUCUCAAGCCACCUCGCAGUCAGCUACGUCCACACAAGGUGGUGUCAUCCCAUUCCCCACUCCCGCACACCCACCGUGUGAGUUUGACAUUGGUGUCCCGUCCACUACAGAACAACAAGCUGAGCAAACCCGGCCCUCCCCCUCCCCAGUAUCGGUGCAGUCCCCCCAGUCACAAGGUCCCAUCACUCCAUCGGAGGCCCCAUGCCAACAGGAUGCUGGGGAACACUUCUCCACUGGCUUUGCUUCCCCCAUCAGCUCCGCCCAGUCCAGCCCAGAGCCUCAGAUGGUGCUUAUGUCUGAAUCACAAGGUACAGAAGAAAGCAUGGGCUACAAUUCUCCACCUCCCCCGUACUCACAGUCCAUGGCUAUGUCUCUGCCCAUGGAGUUGCAGAUGCACAACAUGCAGAUGAAGCAGCCACCCACCUACAGCAGCUGCACACAAUCACGGCAACCGGCUCAGCAGGCGCAACAGCAACAACAGCAGAACUUUUUGAACUUUCCCAGCAACAGCUUAUCGGACAGUGUGUUUGAGAUGCAUAUAGCUGACUUAGCCAACAAAAGUAGUCUUACAGCUGAUCUCAAGUGGUCAGUGAUGAGCCAGAACCAAGCACAGCUGCCUGACUUCAGCGCUCUGCAGAUGGGCCCAGGAUCCUCUGGGAUGUCAUCACAGUUUCCUAUGCCUACCAUCAAAACAGAGCCAGGUACAGAGCCUAUGGAUGACCGCAUGUUCCUACCUCCCACAAGUAUGGACUUUUCCGCUGUUGUGUCGGAAGCCUCCACCAGCUCAGGACUACCCUCAGUACUUGGCCAGCCGUAUCAGCAAAAUUCUCUCAAAUUCCUUCCUGUCAAGCCCAGAAAGUAUCCCAACCGUCCUAGUAAAACUCCCCCUCACGAGCGUCCAUACCCAUGUCCCGUUGAAAGCUGUGACCGCAGAUUUUCCCGAAGCGAUGAACUGACCCGACAUAUACGAAUUCACACAGGACAGAAGCCCUUCCAUUGCAAGAUCUGCAGCCGCUCUUUCAGCCGCAGUGACCAUUUGACAACCCAUGUGAGAACGCAUACAGGUGAAAAACCUUUCUCAUGUGAUGUCUGUGGUCGCAAGUUUGCUCGCAGCGAUGAGAAGAAAAGGCACGCGAAGGUUCACCUCAAACAGCGCAUCAAGAAAGAUGCAAAACUGUUGGCAGCAGCUGUGUCGCACCCGGUGAGUCAGCCCGAGGUCACUACACCCUCAUCCAGCGCGGCUGACUCAUCACUGGACAGUCUGGUCAGCACCAUCCCCCUAGUGGUCAGCUCACCUUCCUUUCACUGUCCAUCCAGCGUGGUGCCCACCACUUCUAUGUGACAAUAAACUCAAACUCGGCAAUUUCAAUCGAAUUUCUUGGUGCUAGUGAAAUUUUUUCAUGGCUGGCGCAGUACUGUUCCCCCAGAGGCCAAUACUCGUUCGUCCUCACGCAAUUUGUUGUUGAUAUUGUACAUAAUUCUUGCCCUAAAGCCCACAUGAAUAUGUACGGGCUGUCCAUGAAAUCCUCAUUGUUUUCAUUGUUUUUCUUUCAUGUUAGAAAACUUGUUUUCCCCCUCCACUUCCCAUAUUUGUUGAACUCUUGUUGCUUCUCUGACAAACGGUAUCUGUGAUUACAAUCUUUCUUACAUUUCACCUGGUUUUUCAUUUAUCCUACUGUUUGUACCCUACUGUGUUUUGUUGGUUUUCUUUUUUGCUCUGUGUUUUAAACAUUGUUAAAUCUGCGAUUCCCCUGUGCCAUUCUUUCAGUACGAAGUUGUGUUCUGUUUGACUACAGUGAUAGUUAGGUUUAUUAAUUGAAAUUGUUUGAAGUCCUGACUGACUGCCAGAAAGUUUUUCAGUUUUACUUUAUGAUUUUUCUUUGUGAAUGGAUGCCAAAGAAUAGAAGUUUUCUGUUACUGUUAGCAUGGGAGUUGUAUACUGUUCCUUUUUUCUGGUUUGAGGCAGCAUUAAAUCAAACACUGCUAAGUUUAAAAGUUGUAUUGAUCAUUUUUUUUCCGUAAGUUUCUCAGCUUUUGUUGAUCGUUUGAUGUUAGUAGCAGAAUAUUGUAACUCGUGUUGUUAGCUUUUGUAUUUCCGAACGUCGAAUGUCAGUACUGUAGUGACUUUCCUUUGUUCCCUUCUCUGCCCCUAGGCACUUACAGCUGGCCUUAUGAUAAGCACUUUAAUGAGUUCCACUGGAUGGUACUUGCAUUGUUUCUAUCCAUAGCUUCUUUACGAUACAAAUUUUUAUGUGCAAACUUUUCUGUUGUAUUUAGAUGUGAUUCCUUUGCUGCCGGUAGCUUACACUGCCUUUCUUUCGUAAUCUAUUUAUUGUGCACUGUGACGUACCUAUAAGGUGUAUGGCUGCUAAAAGUGAAAUCAAAAUACUGUACGUGAUAAACGGUAUGGCUGAUUGUGUGAUCCUACUAAGCUUGACCACUGCCCAGUGCAUGUCUGAGAAGAUAAGUAAUGCUGGUGGUAUGUGGUCGACUGUGCUGUACCUGGGCUGGUAUGUUGUGUAACACAGCCAGGGACAUAUAUUCCAGAGCAUAUAUUUGAAGUAGUAUAAAUGUUGUUUGUCAUCUCUCAGGGCAUGACAUGUGUGUAUGCCAUUUAGUGUUCUCCCUUGUUUUCAGUUAAAUUUGGUGAUAAUGUCCAUUUCCUCACAAUGACUUUGCCAUUUGUUGAACACAACAAAAAUCCUCUUGGUUCUUGCUGGCUGAGAAAGAGACGAUAUAUUAUAUAAAUAUAUAUUUUACCAA